AUGGCAAAUGCAACGCUAGAUACAGAAAAGUUUUACCUUGUCCGAGGCUGUCAGAAUAUUGAAGCAGAUGAGAUCGACUAUCGUAACUUAAUGACCUACUACAAACUGGAGCCGGAAUUGGCCAAGAUGGCGAAGACGACUCUGCCCAGCACUUAUCAUCACCUGCUGCGCGGGGUGGGCGUGGCUCAAGAUUCAUUGAUGCCCAACGAGGCCAAGGGGGACCUGAUGGCGCUGCUGGAUGGCGUGCCUUUUGAUCGACCUAUUGAGCCGCUGCCUGAGAGUGUGGUGAAGAGUGCAUUGCAGCUGCCUGCAGGGAGCAAGAGAGGCCCCGUACUGCAUCCACUCAAAAGUCGUAAGACACCAGGAUUAAUUCAUGCGCCACCUCCAACAGGUGCUGAACGAGCAGCUCAUGCGGAGAAACAAAAGGGCAGGUUUAAGGACGAUAAGGACCGCAAGGAAAAAAAGGAAAAGAAAAAGAAGAAGAGGGAGAGAGAAGACGCCUUGACGCUGCAAAAAUUGCUGGCUCCACUUGUGGCUGAGUUGCGGGCACUUACCUGGGCAGGAUGGGUUGUCGGUGGUAAGCCGGGAAACCCAUUUUUGCCAAAGUUUACAAAGGAGAAUUGCAAGCGCCUUGGUGUACCCAACUACUUUGACUAUGUGAAGAGCCCGAUGGACUUGACACGGAUGAAAGAGAAGGUGGAGCAUGCGGAGUACACCAAGAUCGACCAGCUUACGAAUGACAUUAAGCUCAUGGCUGCAAAUGCCAAAACAUUUAAUCGUGUGGGCGAACCGGUGCACCAAAUGGCCAUUGAGAUUGAACAGCUUUACGAGUCAAAAUUGUCGGAUUACAAGAAGACGCUCGACGAGCUGCAGCAGGAGCGCAAAAAGCGCAAGAAAGACAAGAAGAAACGCAAAGAAAAGAAGAAAGAGAAGUGA